AUGGCUUCAAGUUCAACCACCAACAUCUCUUUCAAAGAGUCCGAGUUCGUGAACUCUGUCUCCGGAGAUGAGGAAACCAAAAGGGCUGCUUUCGUUCGCCACAUGGUGAGAUGGCUUUGUACAUUUUCCGGCGAAGACAUCGAGUCGUUUGAGAUUUGUCUCUCCAAACCGAUGGGUUUCGAGACAGAGAUCAUAGCCUUGAUCGAGUUUGUCGUCUCCAGAAAAGUCAAGAACUUUGUUCUCGAUUUCUCUGACCCUUCAUGGACUGCCAUUCAUGAAGCACAAGAAGAAGCAGAAGCGAGUGUGUUUCAGUUGCCGGAAUGCGUUUACAGUGAAGCGACGACUCUCGAGUCGUUGAAGCUAUUCGCUUGCGGCUUUGAUCAAUCGAAGUUUCCGCUACAAGGUUCGUUGAAAAGGCUCUGUUUUGGUUGGACCCAACUCGGAAAGAUCAUGGCUUUGUUGUCAAAGUCUCCUCUCCUUGAAAGCCUGAGCCUUCAUCACUGCUGGAACAUUGAUAUGGAGGAAGCGGUAACGGAAACUCACAAUCCGUUGAGAGAACUGGUUUUCCAGAAUUGUGACUUCGCUACGGAGUACUCUACUCUCGACUUGCCCAACAUCCAGAUCUUCAAGUACACUGGAUCAGUCCAUUGCUUUCAGUUCAUGAGAGUGAAUAGGAUCAUGGAGGAAGUUUAUUUGGAGUUUGAUAAAGAGACAGAACAGGAUGAAGCGACAGCAACGAUUCUGUGCGGUCUCCUUUAUGAUCUUCUGUCGGCAAGGAAGUUAACAGUCUGUCCGUUUCUCAUCCAGGCGAUCAAGCACAGUGAAGAUCCGGUUCGGUUACAAGCAGCGAUGGAAACAAACCAUUUGGUGAUCAGGUCGAGUGUGAAAGAGGAUGAUUUUGUUGGGGUCAGGUUCAUGGUUAAUAGCUGUCCUGAUUUACACACACUCACUUUCGAGCUUGUUCCUCCUGGUCCUGCUGCCUCAACGACCGCUGUUGGAUUCGAUCCAGCAACGUUUUGGUUGUAUGGAAGCAGCCAUGGGUGUUUGAGGAAUACGCUUAAGGUUGUUGAAGUUCGGAACUUUAAUGGAGACACAUACGUGUUUCAAGUUUUGAUGUAUCUGAUGCGGUGGGGUCUUGUGAUGGAGAGGCUUGACUUUUAUUUGCCGAGUGGAGUGGAUGAAGAUCACAAGGCGUGGGCACGUUAUGCAGCGACUAAGGUGAGGAACGAGUUUGCGGCAAGUUCGAAUGUGUUACAGGUUUAUCUACACAACGGUUGA